AUGACAACCCAGAUGGAUCUUGAUAUGGUGCACCUUCGCCUCAUCCUGGUCAGUGGCAAAACACAAGACUUCACUUUCUCCCCUAAUGACUCUGCCACAGACAUCGCCAAGCAUGUGUUUGACAACUGGCCAACAGGAUGGGAGGAGGAGCGGGUGAGCAGUCCCAGUAUAUUGCGCCUCAUCUUCCAGGGGCGCUUCCUUCAUGGCAACGUCACCCUGGGAGCUCUAAAGCUUCCGCCGGGCCGAACGACUGUCAUGCACCUGGUUGCCAGAGAGACUCUUCCAGAGCCCAACUCUCAUGGUCAAAGAAACAGAGAAAAAACCACAGAGAGCAACUGCUGCCUCCUCUUGUAA